GAAGUCGUCCCGGCCAAAUAUCUUGAUGGCAAAACAAUUUACCAUCUGCAACCUUCUGGUACAUUUGUGAUCGGAGGCCCCCAAGGUGACGCAGGUUUGACAGGAAGGAAGAUCAUUGUCGACACCUAUGGUGGAUGGGGGGCUCAUGGGGGAGGUGCUUUCUCUGGGAAGGACUUCUCUAAGGUGGACCGAUCUGGUUGUUAUGCCGCCAGGUGGAUUGCUAAGUCUCUUGUGGCAGCCGGGCUGUGCCGCCGAGUCUUGAUCCAAGUCUCGUAUGCCAUCGGUAUUGCCGAACCUCUUUCAAUCACUGUGUUCUCUUACGGAACAGGCACGAUGUCUGAAGACGAGCUCUUGGAAAUUAUCAAGAGAAACUUUGAUCUUCGUCCUGGCGUGAUAGUCAGGGACCUUGACUUAAAGAGACCCAUCUACCAGGAGGCAUGCGUCUACGGUCAUUUCAAGCCAGGUUUUUCCUGGGAAGUACCUAAGGAGCUGGCUUACUAGAUGACUGAGUUUACCAAGGCAGAGCAGAAAGUGCUCGAUAAGAGUGGUCCCUUUGAAGCAAUUAAGAUUGAUUCAGCCUGGUACUAUAAUAACUACCGAAUUUUAAUGAUAACGAAUGACAAAAAUAAAAGGCUCGAGACUGAAACCAUGUCAAACGGAAAGUAACUGUCCAUGGUCGAUUCAAUGAAUGAAAUAAAAAUAUCUUUACAGGUAUC